AUGGCAACCCCACCCACGGACCGCCGCCCCAUCAUCAUCUCCGGCCCCUCUGGCGUCGGCAAAGGAACCCUCUACAACCGCCUCUUCGCUCAACACCCCGACGCAUUCUGCCUGUCCGUCUCGCACACCACCCGCUCCCCGCGGGUAGGCGAGACCGACGGCGUAGACUACCACUAUGUCACCAUGGAAGCGUUCGAGGACCUCAUUGCGAAAGACGGAUUCGUCGAGCACGCCAAAUUCGGGGGCAACCGCUACGGAACCAGCAAGAUGACCAUCGAGGAGCAGACCAAGAAGGGAAGGGUGGUGCUGCUGGAUAUCGAAAUGGAGGGAGUCAAGCAGAUCAAGCAGUCUAGCAUUGCUGCGCGAUACAUCUUUAUUGCUCCCCCGUCGAUCGAGAUCCUGGAAUCACGGCUCCGUGGCCGUGGGACUGAGAACGAGGCCAGUGUGCAGAAGAGACUGACACAGGCGCAUAAUGAGCUCGAGUUCUCCAAGACGCCCGGUGUUCAUGACAAGAUUAUUGUCAAUGAUGAUCUUGACAAGGCUUACAAGGAGCUGGAAGACUACAUUUACCAGCCAUCGGAUUCUUGA